UUUCAUUGGAUCUCAUUCACUUUUGAUGAGUGACAAAAUUAUGACGUUAGCUGAGUGACCAACAUCAAAUUAAAACUUCGUUUCCAGUUUGAAGCUGCUGUUGUCGUCGUGCAGAUACGGUCAUCGAGAGUUCAAAGCUCGUAGCAUUUUUUGAAACGUAUUGAAAUCAUCGCUAAAGGUAUAUUUCAUUGAAACUCUUCAAUAUGAGUGACUCAAAUAAUACCAAUAAUGACACCCCUGCAGCACCCAGAGGUCUGAACAUUGAGGCACUUAAGGCCCAUGUAAUUGCACACAAAAUAGAUGUGUGCCUUUGGACUAUACGAAUUUUAACCAUCUUAUUUACCAUUGGAUACUUUGUACCUCUUAUUGGAACCUCACAAAAUGCUUAUUAUAAAGCACUUAUUGCAAAUGCAGCUACAAGUGCAUUGAGAUUGCAUCAAAGGAUGGGAGGAUUCUCACUUUCCAGGGAACUGAUUGCUAGGUUAUUGACGGAAGAUAGUUGCCACUAUCUGCUGUAUUCAUUGAUCUUCUUAUAUGUUACUCCUGUGACUUGGGUUUUGAUACCAAUUGUACUGUUUGCAGUGCUUCAUGCUUCCAGUUAUGCUCUCACUCUUCUGGAUGCACUAGGACAAAACUGCUGGUGGGGAGCCAGGUUAUUAAUCUCUUUGGUGGAGUUCCAAUCUCGUAACAUUUUGAGGGCGGCUUCGUUAGCUGAGAUUAUCAUGAUGCCGUACACCGUCAUUCUUAUAUUCAUGGGAAGAGCUGGUUUGUUGACUCCUUUCAUCUACUAUCAUUUCCUGAUGCAGCGUUACGUCUCUCGUCGUAAUCCAUACACGAGGAAUAUGUUCCGCGAGUUAAGAGAUCUUGUCGAGCACAUCGGUCGUCACCGUUCGACUCCAGCCUUCGUAACAAAAAUCCUGAACCACGGUAUCACGUUCGUAUGCAAAUUGGCGCCACAGCCACAACCGCAACAAUAAAUUCCAUCGAUGUUUGUUCUACACACACUCACAGUUAUUUACGUUCUAAUCGCACUUUUGCAAAAGGCCCAAAAGAAAAAUGCAAGGCAUCUAUUGUUUUUUUAUCACCAAUCAAGAAGACUGACGGCCAUUGAAAAUUAAUUUUCAUUUGUGAAAGUGUUGAUUUAUUAUUAUUUUCUUCACAUUAAUGACUAGUGUUAUUGUUCUUUAUUUCCUGAACAGAGUAUCAUUUUUUUUUCUGGUGUUGUGUUGUAUGAUGGUUUUUUGAA